AUGAUGCCUAUCACCCAGCAGACAUCUCUAUCUAGGACCAACGAAUACUAUGAUCUUGGAUCGUUCGGACGAAAGAUCAAUACCAAAAACGCUGAUGCGCAGGCUUGGUUCAACAGAGGCUUAACCUGGGUAUAUUCCUUCAACCACGAAGAAGCUGCCAAAUGUUUCGAGAAAGCCACUAUUUGCGACCCCUCCUGUGGUAUCGCGUAUUGGGGACUGGCAUUUGCUUUGGGCCCCAACUACAAUAAACCAUGGGAGCUAUUCGAUGAAAAGGAUCUUAAGACAACUGUGGAGCAAACAUACAAAGCUGCCCGUACUGCACAAUCGCUCAUCUCGAAUUCCACUCCUCUUGAGCGGGGGCUCAUCAACAGCAUCCAAGCCCGGUAUGAGAUUGAAUGGAAAGUUAGCAAGAAAGACUGGGCAUCGCGGAACCGUGCCUAUGCUGAGAAGAUGGGGUCAGUUUACCGAGAAUUUGGCCACGAUCUGGAUGUGGCCUCUUUGUACGCUGAUGCUUUGAUGACUUUGACGCCCUGGAAACUCUGGGACCUCUCUACCGGAAAGCCAGCCAGUAAAGCUCGCACGUUGGAGGUUAAACAGGUCCUUGAGAAAGCAUUGAAACAGGAGGGUGGUGCUGAUCACCCUGGUAUUUUACACAUGUACAUCCACCUGGUUGAGAUGUCGCCGAACCCAGAACUGGGAUUGAAUCCUGCCGAUCGCCUCCGUGACUUAGUGCCUGAUUCUGGCCAUAUGCAUCAUAUGCCUUCACAUCUGGACGUCUUGAUUGGUGACUAUCGACGUGCGAUUGACGCCAAUUAUAAGGCAACGCUCGCCGAUGACAAGUUUCUGGCCAGGGAGGGGGCAUAUAACUUCUACACUAUGUAUUGUCUGCACAACUACCACUCGUUGAUCUAUGCUGCCAUGUUGGCAGGAAAGGUUAAAACCGCGAUAGAAUCAGUUGAUCGCAUGGAAGCUACCUUACCAGAGGAUCUAUUACUUGUCCAAUCGCCCCCGAUGGCGGAUUGGUUGGAGGCGUUCAUGUCAGUCCGUCCGCACGUCAUGGUCCGAUUCGGCAUGUGGAAUGAAAUUACCCAGCUCGCUCUCCCAAAGAACCAGGAGCUCUACUGCGUCACCACGGCUACGAUUCACUAUGCCAAGGGUGUCGCGUGGGCUGCGAGUGGCAAUAUUAAACGGGCAGAACAGGAGCGUACUUUGUUCCAAGCUGCUUUUCAGCGUGUGCCCCUUACGCGCAUGGACUAUCCCAACAGGUGUGUGAAGAUCCUCUCGGUGGGUGCCGCCAUGUUGGAUGGUGAGAUUGAAUAUCGCCGCGGCAACUAUGAGCAGGCCUUUUCGAGUCUACGCGAAUCAAUCAAGCGGGACGAUGGCCUUAUCUACAGCGAACCCUGGGGCUGGAUGCAACCGACUCGUCAUGCUUACGCAGCCCUGAUGCUGGAACAAGGUCAUGUUGAGGAAGCAGCCAACGUAUAUGGCGCCGACUUGGGACUAAACAAGAUGCUAUCUCGGUCUCAUUGGCAUCCAAAUAACGUCUGGUCGCUCCAAGGAUAUCACGAAUGUCUAGUUCGACUGGGGCGUACGGAUGAGGCGCUUCUUAUCGAGCCACAAUUGACGGUGGCACUUGCUGUCGCUGAUGUCCCAAUCAAAUCAUCGUGUUUCUGUCGACGAGAUGAAGAGACACGGACCGACGGGGCACGGAGCUGCUGUCCCAGAACUCGCACUUCAUACCUUUGA